AUGGACGAGACGAUUAGACGCUCAUCGCGCAGUAAUAAGGGAACAAAUCCACACCUUCAGCGUCAGAGGCAGGCAGAGCUGGAGUAUAUCAAGGCAAGAAAGGUCCAGCAAAGUAAUGAAAAGCCCGAUGAGGACAAACCUGAGGUUGUGAAAUGUCUUGUUUGUGGAACAACCGACGAAAAUUACGACGAGGACAACGAUCCGAAUGGAGAUAUGAUCCAGUGCGAUACGUGCAAUACUUGGCAGCAUAUAAAAUGCAUGACAGGGAAUGAAAGUGCUGAAGACAUCGAAAAUUACGACUGCAGCCUGUGUUCGCCGUCAAAGUAUACUAACUUGACGUUCGCCAUCAAUCCUGCUGACGAAUCCAAAAGGUCUUACGAAAAAUCUAAAGUGGACAACGAUCAGAAGGAUUACACCAACGAUGGGCUAGAGAAUAUCUCCGAAGGAACUGAGGAAGAAGUAUCCCAUCGUCCGAUUAAGCGCAAAAGAAAGUCGAAGCCAAGGGUCGGCGACAUCAAAGACAAGGAAACAAAGUUGAGAGAGAGUGCUUUGAAAAUGUUCAAAGACCUCUUCACUAAGUAUAUCAUUCCGGAUACGACUGCCGCGCGGACUUUCCAACUGCCGUCUGACACCUCAAUAGACGAAAUGUCUGGCCACCUUUCGAGUGAACUUGAACGGGAACUUUACGAGGUCUGUAUCAAUAAUGAUACUGGUACAUUGAAUGACGCGUACAAAGAGAAGGUUAGAGUUCUUUUUUCUAACUUGAAAGAUCAGAAGAAUAUUGACAUGAAGACCCUUGUUAUCAACAAGAAGCUUCCGUUUAACAAACUUGUAAAGAUGUCUGUAAACGAACUUAUUAACCCGGAUCUUCGGCAUUUCAGAGAGAAGGUAGACAAUGAAGCCCUCGACAAUCUUGUCUUGGAGCAGCCCAACAGACCCAAAUACCACAAAACCCAUAAAGGAGAUGAGCUUAUAGAAGAUCCAAAUGCUUACGAACCUGAAGACAUUAUUUUCAACAGAGAUAUCGUGGCCACGAAGCUCAAAGAAAACUCAGAUAAUGAUAGUUCACACCACUCUGAUUAUGCAAAUUCCAUGGGCUCGAACCACGACGGCAAGGGUUCAGAAGAAAACGUAACGUCAACAAGAGCUCGAUUAGCGGAGGAGUACUGGGCUUGUAGUUUGGAUUACAAGGAAACCCGCACAAAGUUUAGGGGCAAUAUUCGUUUUUUAGCUUCUUCGCACGACAUCAGCAACACAUUACGUCGGGACGCCAUUGGAGACGGGAAAUUCGUAGUGGAAGGCAGAUUGAAAGAUGAAGACGCAGAGGGCUACAUUGAACAAAUGGCCACCACAAGAACUUUUCUUGCAUACGCCCUGAGGCCCCUCACUAAUUAUCAGGACUCUCAACAAUCUGAAGCGUUUUACGAGUUUUUGUCUAGUAGGCAGCGCUACGGUGCACUCAAAGCCAAACGGCAGUACGUACGGCACGUUUAUGUGAUUCCGUACUCCGAGCGGCACCAGUUAGGAGUGCUAAAACACCUUCAUUUAGCAGAUCACGGAGAAAAAGAGAAUGACCUUACGGAGGGCGACUCAUUUCUGAUUGUGGCAGUAGUUAGACCUGAUAUGCUAGAUGUUACAUAA